AAUAUCUCUUUUCUAUGGCUCGUCGUAAAGUACAGGCUCUCGAACUGGAACAUAGCCAGUUUUCAGGUGUUUGAAAUAUCAAAAGAGCGCGGAAAAGGGUCUUUAUACUAUUAUUUUGAACGAAUUUAUUUGGAAAUAAAAUAAGAAGUGUGAAAUGUCGGGAGUCCUGUUCAAGUGGCACGCCCACAACCUGCACCAGUCGCUGCAGCAGAUGUUCCAGUCGGAGACCAUGGUGGACGUGACGCUCGCUGUGGAGGGGCAGCUGCUCAAGGCCCACCGCGUCGUCCUCUGUGCGUGCAGCAAGUACCUGAGCAGCAUGCUGGGCGCGUGCUCCAACCCCCACCCCAUCGUCUUCAUGCGGGACGUGCGGGCGGAGGAGAUGAGGGCGCUGCUGGACUUCAUGUACGCGGGGGAGGCGACGGUGAGCCGCGACCUGCUUCCGGGCGUGCUCAGGACCGCAGAGGCCCUGCAGGUCACAGGCCUUAUGAGCACAUCGUCCGCAGAGCCGCAGUUGUAUCUGCGAGUAGACGAAAUGUCUCAGUGCGAUGAGAACGAUUUUGUGACGCUGGUGAUAGGCUCACAAGUUAACGAAAAGAGUGGCGAAGCCAUUGGUGGGGAGAACGCAAGCACCCAGGGCAGUGAGGGCGUGCUUCCCGAGACACUGUGCUUGGACUCCUUAGACUGCGCGGUGGAGGAGAAGUGUGUGCCGCCCGUCGCGAGCGAGUGCUUCUUGCUGGCGACCGGCUCUCCCGCCUCUCGGCUUGCGGACACCGUCAUUGUUUCCACCUGUCCCGAGCCCGCCGUCGUCAUCAGCACAGCACAGCAGGAGCAGCACAGUGCAAGACCACCUGGACGCCAGUACACAAGAGAUGACAUGAAACAAGCACUGGAGCAGAUUCGUGCCGGCAAGAUGGGCAUCAAGCCAGCGGCGCGGGCGUACAACAUCCCGGUGGCAACGCUGCACAACGCCGCCAGGCGCUGCAACAUUGCCAGCCCGAUGCAGCAGGGCGCCAACCACGGCAACGCGCACGCCCGGCAGCUCAAGAGACCCACCACUGCCACGGCAACCACGGCAACCACCGCUGGCCCCGUGAGGCGGGGCUCGUGCUCUGCCACGCUGGAGGGAGACUAGUUCAGUUAGACAGUUGCAAAAUGUGCAUAAAUCAUUUUUUUAUUUUUUAUUUAUUCAUGGAAAUAUUUGUUUUUAGAACAUAACUUUUUGUAAUUUUGUACAGAUGUACAGUUAAACUGACACUGUUUAACUCAGUUAUAAUUUGGAACAAAAUUAUUUGAUGAAUUGUGAUAAAAUCAAAAUAACACUGAAAAGCAUGUCAGUGCAUCAUAAGCACCGAAAUGCAAGUUAGUAGGUACACCACAAACCACCAAAAUUCAGCUAAAAUCAUGAAAUGAAUCAGCAAUCAACACUUUACUCAAAUCACAAGAAGUAAUUUUUUUAUAUAUGUUGUAGCUCUAAGUUUGUAAAUAGAUUGGGAAAAAGUUUUAGGUACUUUUUUUUAUCUUGCAACUGUUAUUAGUAAUACAUUUUGACAUAACAAUUUUAUCACAUUUUUAAAAAAACAAAAUUUCUUGCCAAUUAAUUUAUAUUGUUUAGAGUAGUUUUGUCUACACAUGUGUAUUACAAAUUAUUUUGUUGUUUAAGUGCAUCAUUUAUAAGUCAUAAUGACUCUGUUUUGGUGAAGUAAGUAUGAUGAAAUAUUUAAGUGUCAUAUUUGUUUGAUAAUAUAAUAUCUUAAUGAAUAAACAGAAUUCAUAAACAAUAAUACGAAUGUAUCCUGUUUUAAAACAUAAUUUCCCUAAAUAUAAAACCACAAAAUCUUGUCUCCAGUUACAAUAUAACGGAUCAUUGUUCAAACAGUUCACUACUCAAAUGCAUAACAUGUUUUUUGAGAAUUGUUCGCAAACACCUUAAAAAUUUGGUUACUAAUUACAACUCAACCCAGCUUUAUGCAACAAAAAAAAUAUAUAUAAAUUAAAUUGGGUAACAUUUUAUAGAAGUGAUAACAUAGCCAGCUAUGAUUAUUCUUUGAUUAUGCCAUUUAUGAAAUGAAUCAGAAUCAAAGAAUAAAAAUUUUAAAUCAGUUUCUUUAUUACUUAAAAAUUCACUGCAUGAAUCGUAAAUAUUGCUUUCCACCAUCAAAUGCAGAUAGCAAUGAGAAGCAUAAACAACUCUGGUAAAACCCCGGCUUUGGACCUAAUUUCAGACAAGGAAUUUUAUUAAGAUAAUUUCCACCUCUGUUGUAAGAUUUCACUGUAUAGCUAUUCUGUAUAUUAUAGUAUUUUCUUUUGUGGUUUUUUUUUUAAAUGGAUGCAUUUCUAUUUUCAACUGUUUGGUAAUUUAACUUGUCUGUUAAAGAAUAAUUUUACAUGUGCAGUAGUAGUGUAAGCGGGGCGACACCGCUUGACCGUAUGGUCGUUAGACCGUAUCAGGGAAAAGUGUGUCAGAAUCACCGCAAGCUCCACCCCCUCGCUGCCAUUGGCCUGGUAGCUAGCGGGGAAAGGGAAUGUGACCAGGAGAAGAACAACAUAAGUACGGGAACUCUCAGAUACAAUCAGGGUGUUCACAGCUAGUACUUUUUCAAGUUUUUCGCCUUCAAUAUAAUAUUAUGUUAACACUAAAUUGUUUUAUUAUUAAGUGUUGUUCAAACACACACAGGAUUGGAAGGGAAUCUAAUUUUUAGUUGACGAGUCAGGUCAGGAACUCAAGUCAGUCGUUUGGCAUUAGCUAAGUUUAUCUAGGAGCGAGAGUGGAAGCUCAUUUUGAUGGGAUUAGACAAGAGCAUAGUUAGUGUGCUGUUACAUGACUAUCCCGUGCACAGAAAGUGUAUUGUUUUUAUUAUAAAUAACAUUUUUAAAAUUAUUAUUAUUAUUAUUUGUUUACAUUUUCAUGUUUUUGCUCUAUUGUUGUUUAUUGGACGUAUCUACGAGUGCUACACUCUAUGGCGUAGCCCAAGUGACAUUGAAGCCUCAAUUAGCAAGAUUGGCAAAUUGGACUUUUUGCACGUAAUUUGCAUAAAAGAACUUUCAUUGUUGAAAAAUCACGUUUUAAAUUUGAGACAUUUUAGUAUUUUAAGAUGUAUUGUUGAAUGUCUGUAUUUUGUUUUGAUGUGUUAAUUAAGUCAACGAUCUUUGUGUCUCGGCCAAUGAGAGGCCAUGUUGCUUAAGUUAAGCGUCAUUAAUUAAGUUAAGAAAAAAGUUUGGAAUGACUACGGCGUUGGCUAGACAGCCUGCGUUUCAAUCCCCUUAAAAAUCUGAUAAUUCUACGAGAUAAAUAGAUCAUCCAGUUGAAGGGAUGCUUUUAAUCGCCGUUUAAACAUAAUUCUAUGUAAUUUAUUUAGGGCACAUCCUAUAUGAUGUUUAAUUAGGUGUGAAAUCAACGUAAGUAAAAUCGACUCAUAAUGCUAUUUUUAACGGACCGUAUUUCUGCAUAAACGUAAUUUGAUCCUACCAACACAUACAUAAACAUUGAUUUUUGUGUCGAACACAGUAAAGCCCUGCAGAAAUAAAAAAUUUUUAAGCCAAUUACCAUUCUGAGUUACACGUUCUAAGUUCUAACCCAGAGGUGAAAUGAGACGGAGUUCUCAUGAUGUUCUACCAUACCUACACACUGAAUUCAGCCGGGGUACACUAAAUUAAAUUAAAUGACAAAGAUAAUAAACUAUAUUUUAACACACUAACUUCGAUCUAGAGUGAGAGCAACAGACACGAUAAUUUGAAUUUAUGAACUUUUGUUGUAUUUUAUCAUGUGUGCAACAUAUCUCCUGUUUGUUUGAAAACAUAAGAGUAUACCACUGGCCAAACCAAUAAUUACAUAUAUAUAUAUUUGUCUCAUUAAAGAUUAUUUGUUUGAUUCUA